AGCCCAUCCUGGAGGAAGUUGACUACACUCAGAGGUUUCUGGAAAAAGGAUGAUAGAUACGGAGCCUUGCAAAAACGAUCAGUAGCAUUUGAGGGUAGUGUUGCUGGAUUGGUCCAGGAGUUGCUUGAAAGAGCAGAAUGUCUAAUGGACAAUUCGAGAGCUGUUAGCAGCCUUCCUGGCAUGGCUGGAGGCCUCAGAAAGAGUAGCAAAAAUAUUGAUUUGCUUGGUGGCAGUGGCAAGAGAGCAUAA